CUCUGGACUCGGACUCUCUAUCUACACAGUAUACACAGUACAACAAACACACUACGAGCCGUCGUCGCACUUGUGGCACGCUGCUGACGUUGUGGCGCCCCGUUGCGGGCUGAUAAUUUGGCGCCCGCCAGCUUCCAGGGCUGCUCCUUCCGCGUGUUUGCGCUGCCUUGUUUAUUUACUCGCUGCACCUCACCCAUUGAUACAUCACCUCAACACCUUCUUCGAGUCCGCUUCCACCUCUCCCACACGCACUUCACAAGUCUCCCAGUCUCCCGCAAAUGGUCUCAUAAUCUGCUGCUUUGCACACCCGCUUGCCUUCGCCCGCACCAUGCCCUAGUCAUUGGCAAUCCCCUCUCACCUCCGCUGUUUCUUGUACCCCCGUCUCGUCACUCGUUACCCCAGGCUCAAUCCGGCCACCACCCACCAUGGUGACAAUCACCCCGGAGCCUGCUGCCCUCUCCGCCAGCGACCUCUCGCUCUUCUAUACCACAGACGACCUUCUCAGCAACUCCCCCGUGCUCAUCUUCUACGGCCCCACCGCUACCUCAACCCAUGCGACCCAUUCGCGCAUCCAGGCCCAUGUCUUUACCCCGGCCGGCCUCCAGCAUUUCGCUCGCCUCAUCGUCUCCCCCACCGCCUCCUUCUACAAUGCCGUGACCUGCCUGCCGCGCGAGGAGCAGGGCGACGAGAUAUGCCGUGGCCUCGCCUUCAGUCUGUACAAGUACUAUGUUGAGCUUCCGACCCAGGUUAAAAAUGUGUGGGAGGCACAGUACAGUAGCAUGGCCCGCCUGCCCUCGGCCCCGAAGCUCUUCUCCGAAUCCCAUGCCGCCAUGGUUGCUGCCCGAAUGGUCAAGGUCGAGAACGUGGCCGACAUCAUAACAGAUGUGCGGCACGCUUUGGGCGAGCAGACGCUCUCGUGGCUCGAUCUGGAUGUUGUACUUCCCCAGGGCGCAAUUCAAACCCUCGAGAAACCCCGGGACUCUGCUCAGUUUGACGACGGCGACGACGACCAGCCGGAAAAGCGAUAUGGACAGUAUGCCCCGGUAGUGAAGCUCUUUGGGGAAUCCUCCUUCAUCCCAACUUCCAAGCUGCGACGGGCUCCUUCGAGACCCACUGCUGUGAACAAAACCCAGACCUUUUCCAGGACCCAAAAAGAGGCCCUCCGGCGCGAAAUGUGUGAACUGCUGGAUACAGAAGAGAACUAUGUCAGCAAGCUGUAUGACCUCGUCCAUAGCGUGGCCGUCGACUUCCGGGAAAAGGCAAAGCGCAAGGCGUCAUCAAGCACCAGUCCUAGCGAACAAGCUCUGAAGGCAUUGUUCCCGCCCAGCCUGGACCAAAUCCUCGAGGUAAACACCAAUUUCAUGGAGACCAUACGUGCUAUUCUGGAAGAGACGGAGAAUGACGCCAUUCAAGACAUUGAGUCGACUAUAGACGAUCUCUUCAUUCCGCCUCUUCGUGGACAGACCGAUCCACCCGAUGUCACCGGAGCUGUUGCGCUGGCCAAGGCUCUGGCCGAAUGGUUCCCCAAGUUCGCCGACUGCUACACUGACUACAUCGCGGCACAUGCUGAAUUCCCUCAGCUGCUCAAGGUAUUUAUGAAGGACACGGGCUCUAGCUUCUCCAAGAGGGUGCAUGAAACCGGUGAGCAGCGCCUCAUGUCCAUGCUCAUUGAGCCUGUCCAGCGACUCCCACGCUACAACCUCUACAUUGACAACAUUGUCAAACAGUUACCUCUGCGCCAUCCGGCUCUGAGGGUGUUCCUGAAAGCACGGGACAUCAUCUCCGAGAUCUGCUCCAGGGAUGGCCCCUCGGCGCAGCAAGCAAGGGUUGUGGAUCGUCUUCGAAAAAUGGUCUUCUCAUGGCCGCUGGCCUUCAGUCCCCAGGGCCGCUUCAUCAACGCCAUUGAUUUUGUCGAGCUCUCUGCACCAUAUCAUGGAGACCUCAGCGGCCCUGGAACCACGUCUGGAGUUCUGUUGCUCUUCUCAGAUGUCUUGAUCAUCAUCCAUAAGCCCAGGGGUUGCGCCAUCACCGCGAGAAGCCUGAUGGCGGACAUGGACAACGUUAGAAUGCCUGAGCCUGGAGCAGGCCCUACGGAUCUCAUCUUCCACCAGCAGUUGAAGCUGUCAGAUGUAUUUGUGAGCGAGCAUUCGGAGGGUAAUAUUCUCCAGCUUCUCUCGCCGACCCCAUCUUCAAUCCAGCCAGGACGUCCACGAAGCCGGGAUCGGUUGAACAUGGGCAUUCGUAUGUUCUAUUUACAGGGACCUUACGAAGGCAGGGCACAGAGAUGUGUCGAAGAUAUUGUAAAGGCCAGGGUGGAAGGUCGGUACCCUGAGUCCGAGCGAGAGGGCGCUAGAUGGGAAGUCCGAUGUGCGCCGGGCGACUUGAACUUGUUCUCUGCAGUAUCGGAAGACACCGCGGGCCAGGUUCUGGAGGGUCGGAGAGAACCAGCCAAGAUCCAGGUCUUGGUCGACCCUGCUAAGCAUGUCCAACCCGCCCAGAUGGGCCAUCACGGCAUCGAGAUGACCAUCUCUAUUUCCCUCAUUGAGGAUGGCUUCUGCUUGGUCGAAACCUCCGGCAUCAACGGUUACACGACGAGAGACAAGCUGAAGCCUACUGAGUUCCUCCCAGUCCUCACAAAGCGGCUGGGAAACUUCUUCCAACUCCGCAACAACAUCAGAAAUCCAGACUUGACGGAUGCCUAUGUUUUCCGCAAUCAGCAAAUACUCAAAUCCCUUGUUUUACGCGUUGACGAGGCUGACGACGGACAUGACGGGAAGACCCGGUCGGCUUCCCCGGUGAAGAUGCUAUCCAGCCUCUUUGGUGGUAGUGUCAGCAGAGAAGGAGGCUCGCGAAGGCUUCAACGAAAUCCGGCGUCCUUGUCAGACAUUACGCGGCAUGUACCUCCUCUUCCACCAGCUCCGGCUCGCACACAUAGCCGCGAUGGUGAACACUCCCGCCCCACAUCUUCAAGCAAGACGGUUUCUUUCAAUGCAAACUCCCUUCUCUCUGAUCCGCUGGUGAAGUUGGAGGAGACAAUGUCUACAUUCAUUUUAGCAUUGCAUGCUCGAAAGGGCAACAUCGUUGGCAGAUCGGUCCGAGCACGGAAUGUCGCCGAUGAAGCCGCUGUCAACGAGGUGUACAACGCUCUUCUCGAGAACCCCGCCAACUUGGAGGUCGCCGCGCAAGCGUCGGUAGAUGUCCUCUUCGCUUCGUUUGAGAAGUUCAUCAAGGUCGCAUGGAGGGAAAAGAUGGGUCCUGUCAUUUCUCUUACCAACCUCACCUCAUUACAGCAAAAGUCGGACAGCAUGUAUCCUGGAGAGUUUGAGGAAUUCUUCCGGUUGAUGUUCAACGAUAUGGCCCCGCAAAAUCAGCGUUCCCUCCGGCAAAUCAUCAAACUGUUGGCCGAAUUGCUCGACGGCACCGGUAACGACGGUGACCGCGGUAUCCUGACCGCUGCAUUUGCGGAGAUGCUUGUUUUGGAAGGCAAUCCUACCGACUUCAUCUCACUGAUGGACCGCUUCAUACAAGACAUCGAUUCUCUGUUCGCUUUGCAGCCAUCCGGCCUAAGCUCGCCGAGAUAUGGCUCCGUAGACUCCAAGGGCCGUUCUACAGCUGCUGGUUCCCUGAACUCCAAUACCUCUCUACGAAAGCGGUUCGGUUUUGGUACAUUGACCAGGGAGAACAGCAAGUCGGAGAGCGAAUCCAAGGUUGGCUCGCUAUGGAGGACGCUGAGCAAAAACACGUACGGCACAGACAGCCAGCCGGGAAGUAUGUCCAAGGCUGGCCAUACCUCGCUGGGCAGGUCUCAAUCGAUAGAUGCGGCCAUGCAUGCCCAUUCGCCCAAGCGGCCCACUUCUCGCGAGCGUCCCACGAUCCUGGGGGCCUUUGCUUUCGAGAAUGGCUCGAGCCAGCAUGGCAAAUCAUUCUUGGGGUCGACGCUGAGUUCCAUUGGAGAGGUAUCAAGCGCUGCUGGUCCUCCCCGCAAGAAGCGUCGCUCCUCGCUAAGUGACUUGAAGAGCCUGCAGAAUGCUGACGAUGAGCCUAAGUGGACACCACAGACUCCCCGAGCGGAACGACCUAAGAGGCAGUCGAGCGCUUCGCCCCGAACCCCUCACACACCUACAACACCUUCGCAAGCCAAAGAGAAAGCAGAGCCGAGCACGCCUGCUCCAGCGAAACCGGCCGCGAUUCCCAGCACGCCUCUUCAUCUCAGAAGCUCCGCCAUCCCUGCUCCUUCGCGCCUGGCGUCUCCCUUUCGCAGGGAGAACUCUCCAGCGCAUACCUUGGAGCGUACUGGUAGCCUUCGUCCUAGAGCACUCACUCUCAAGGGCGAAAACAAAGAUGAGAUCACCAUCAAGUCGCAAAGUCCUAGGAAGAAGCGUACCGAUUCCAUCUCUACCAUUCCCCUGCUGAAGCCCAGUACGCCAGUUUUGGCAGAGCGGCCCACCUCCAAUACUUUGAGAAACCCACCUGCUACCCCACGGUCGCCCACCAAACCCAAUGCCUCCAUUAUCCCCACCGCGACAUCGACAUCUUCGCCUAGGAAGUUGAAGAUGCAGUCGCCUCAGAAGCUUCGAGAACGCCUUCAAAAUCAGCAGCGAGACAUUGAGAGCGCGUCGAAGGCGCUGCAGAACGAGCUCAGUGCAAUAGGCCAGGAGCUUGGUGUUAGAGGCACUACUCGCCUGGCAGCACCAGCAGCCACGCCUACGUCCUCGAGCGGUAGGUCUGUUGAGGCUCGUAUUGCGGCGCUGGAGAAGCACCUCAAGACUACCCUGGAGCAGCUGCAGUCUAGUACGAAUACCAUCAGCAAUGACCUGGCCAGCUCGUUGCAGGUAUCGGAAGCGAGGGCCAAACACUUGGAUCAACUAUAUCGCGAUUUGAAUGCUGAGAAUGAGGCAUUGUAUGCGCGGUUCAACGAAGAGUUGGAGAAGGUGGAGCGGAGCGUGCGAAAAGGCAGAGGCAUGGAGGAAGUGGAUCGACGGAUGAGAGCGAGUGAGGAAGAGUGUGCGAGGUUGAGAAAGGAGAAUGCGAGACUGAGGAGGGAGGUUGCAGGAUUGAGGGCGCAGAUUAGGGAGUAGGGAGUGUGCGUUGGAGAGGCUUUGUUUGCUUGCGUUUGGAGCUCAGCAUGUUUACGGCGUUCAAGCGGCAUUCACGUUGGAUCAUGGGCAUUGCUCGGGGUGGAAGGCGUGCUGGCUGCUUCCGGCAUGGUGUUAUGGUGGAUACUCUGGUACUCGGUUUUCCUCUUCGUUAUUCACAUGUUGUCCUUGGCUUUCGGUCAGGAGCCCAAGGACUCGCGCGUUGCAUUCACACGGCUGAACAUGUCUUUGGGAAGCAUUUGAUAGAAUGGGAGGCAGGACGGGUCCCUACCUGAUAGGGAUGUCAUUAGCUCUUCACGAAUGGAGGAACAAUCAAUCGCUAGU